CUCCUAGAUAUGAAAUAUGAGAUGAAAGCAAUGACCAACAUUUCCUCAGUGGUACAAUUUGUCCUUCAGGGAUUUUCUGACCUUCCAAACCUCCAAGGGUUACUUUUUGGAGUCUUCUUCAUCAUUUACAUGACUGUCUUAAUUGGAAAUGGACUCAUAGUGACAAUAACUAGGUUUGACCCUGCAUUACAGAAACCCAUGUAUUUUUUCCUGGCAAAUUUCUCUUCAUUGGAAAUCUGUUACGUGUCAGUCACACUCCCCAGGAUGUUAAAGAACUUGUGGACCCAAGAUAGAAGCAUUUCUAAGGUGGAAUGUGCCACCCAAAUGUUCUUCUUCAUUACACUGGGAGCCAGUGAGUGUUUAUUCCUUACAGUGAUGUCCUAUGACCGCUAUGUGGCCAUUUGUAAUCCUCUUCACUACCCUCUAGUUAUGAACCACAAGACUUGUGUUCAGCUGGCUGCUGGCUCCUGGCUUGGUGGCAUCCCACUACAGUUAUGGCAAACAUGUCAGAUCUUCUCUCUGCACUUCUGUAAUUUCAAUGAAAUUAAGCAUUUCUUCUGUGACAUCCUCCCCGUUCUCAAACUAGCCUGUGGAAGCACUUUUCUUAAUGAGAUAUCUCUCUAUGUAGCAGCUCUGCUCUUUGUUGUAGUUCCUUUCAUGCUGAUACUUGCUUCUUAUAGCAAAAUAAUUUGCACCAUUCUGAGGUUGCCAACAGCUACAGGACGGGCCAAAGCCUUCUCUACAUGUUCUUCCCACUUGAUGGUCGUGGUUUUAUUCUUUGGAUCUGGUUCCAUCACCUACUUAAAGCCAAAAUCCACCCAGUCUGCGGGCACUGAUAAACUUCUGUCUCUCUUUUAUACCACAGUGACUCCAAUGUUUAAUCCUAUGAUAUAUAGCCUCAGAAACAAGGAUGUGAUUGCAGCAUUGAGAAAAAUAUUUUUAAACAAAUAG